CGAAGAGACGGAAGUGGGAGGCAAAAUCCAUGCUCCGCCCAAUAUGGCAAACCUCCACCGCCAGCUGCAGGAGUAUCUGGCGCAGGCGAAAGCGGGCGGGUCAGCGGCCGCGGUACCGCUGCUCGCGGAGGAAGAGGCGGAGGAGCCCGCGGCGGGGAACGGGACAGCAGGGGCGUGGCUGGGUCGCCCGAGCCUGCGCUGGACGUGGGCGCGGAACCCCGAGGAGCCGGAGGCAGCGGGCGCGGCGUGCCUGCCGAGUGUGACUCGCACGCAGCGGCUGGCGGCAAGCGGCGUGUGCCUGUUGCUGGCCGCGCUCUGCUUCGGCCUGGCUGCGCUAUACGCGCCCGUACUGCUGCUGCGCGCCCGGAAAUUCGCGCUGCUGUGGUCGCUGGGCUCAACGCUGGCCCUAGCAGGCGGUGCGCUGCUCCGGGGCGGUGCAGCGUGUGGGCGGCUACUGCGCGGUGAGGAGACGCCGUCACGCACGGCGCUGCUCUACGCCGCCGCGCUGAGCGCCACGCUGUACGCGGCGCUAGGCCUGCGCAGUGCCGUGCUCACGGUGCUAGGCGCUUGCGUGCAGAUGGUCGCGCUGCUCGGCAUUUUGGUCGGCCUGUUGCCCUGGGGCGGGGGCACCGCGCUCCGCCUUGCCCUCGGGCGCCUGGCCCCGGGCACCGGCUUCGCUAAAGCGCUGCCCGUGUGAGCGGUCGGGAGAGACUUGGAGCCUUUAGCCCAGCCAAGCACCACGCCCGCGUCAAGGACACCCACGGGCCGCAGAACGACGGAAGCUCGCCGACCGGCGGCGAUCUGCAGACUGAGCGGCCGUUAUGUACUGAAACAUGAGCACUUUGGGAAGCUUCGAUUUCAGCGUUCAGUGCUCUGGAAACACGAGAUUUUGUCAUUGAAUUGGUGAUAAUAUGCCAUGAAAUAGUUGCUUUUGCAUUAACUGUGAUUUUAAAAUGAGCUCAGUAAAAAAAAAAUGGCUCUUCGGUUUUAACUAGCUGUUUUUGCGAUUUAUCUCUGGUUUACGUUUUGCUUUUGUCGAUUGUAAAGGUUUAGCUAGAUUAGCCUCGUUACCCCCUCCCUCCUUUAUUUUGCCAUACUUAAGACUUGGAUGGAGCCUUUUGGUGGCGGAGUGGUUAAACGCUCAGGCUGCUAACCCAAAAGGUUGGCAGUUCAAAUCCUCCAGCAGCUCCUUGGAAAUCCUACGGGGCUCUUCUUCUCUGCUGUAGGGUGCUGUGAGUCGGGAUCAACUCUACGGCAGCGGGUUUGGGUUUUGUUUUUUUGGGGAAGGCUUGGAAAUUAUGGUGCCAGAAGGAGUCCUGGAACCUCAACGGUUAAGCGCUUGGUUGCUAAUCUAAAGGUUGGCACCCACCCACAAGGCCCGGUGAAGAUUACAGCCUGGAAUACCCUGUGGAGUCUUCAGCACCUAACAACAACAUAAGGGUAUCAGAAGCACUUAAGAUUUAGCCACUGGGUUUUAAAAAUCACUUAUUUAAGAUGGUUGACCUGGGCUUUGUCUUUGGUUAGGGACAUCGUCAAUAUGGUGCUUUAUAACAUUAAAGGAAAAUUAGUUCUGUAUUAGACAAAGCAAUAGGACCAAAGGGGAAGUUUUGUGUUCCAAGAAGCUUGCUGUCUAGUGAGCUGCGUGUAAACGGUGGCUUUUGGAAUGCUUAAGGUCUCUGAGCGGAACUGGUCUAGGGAGACCUUGGAGACAGGCAUUAAUUCUACAUCCAGAAUUCCCACAUUUGAUGGAAGCCAUGGAUUUCUACAAGGUCUUAUUAUCAUUCCUGAUUUAAUGAUCUGCUUUUUAAAUUGCAGUUUACGAUUUGUAGGCUGAUCUCAAAUAAUGGAAGUAGGAGUUUUGCCGUAUCUCAUUGCCAAAUGCCCUUUAGAAGCUAAUUGCGUGUCUUAAUUUACUGCCAGAAAGUAUGGGCCAAGUAUUCUGAUGAGUCCAGAAAAUGUCUACAUGUUUUGUAUUAACUUAUCAACGAGGAAGCAAAAUACAGAGUUUUAAAAUUCUGUGCCAGUAGUUCUCAAUCGUGACUGCCAAACCUCAGAUCAUUUAAAUCAGAAUCUCUGGUGUAGGACCAGGCAUCAGCAUUUUUAUAAAGCUCCCCAGGUGAGUCCAUCUUCAGCCAAGGUUGAGAACCAUUUUUCUGUGUACUGGUUUGCAUAAUCUGAAAAUAACUGAUGUUUCCUGGGAUUGGGUUCCCAUGUUGCCUUACUAGGAUGUGUCCAGCAGCGAUCCACCCCACACUUAGGUUCCUAGGUGGGGUCAGUGUGUGGGCCUUGUUCCAGAAAGUGACACUGAAGUGACCACAUACACAUCACCCCACAGAGUUAGUGUUCUCUUGUUCCCGUAUCCGUAAAUAGGGCUACAUAUCUCGAGGGUGCUUGUAAGAGCAAACGUACUGUUUCAGCAAGUGAUUUUUUUAAUUGUAAAACCUUGUGCCACUGGCUGCUCCGUCAACACUGACACACUCUGUAUGGUGGCUGGGAAGAAGGAACAGUUUCUAGUCCCUUAGCUACAUUUACGUUCUAGUAAUUCCUCUAGAACGGUCAUGGUUUGCAUGGCUUACGAUUGUAUUUUUAUGUUGUUGCUAUUACAUUUUUUUAAAUCAAACUUAAAAGUUCCCAUUUUUUAAAGAAUUCAGUCAUUGUAAAAUUCAAAAUUCAAAGCACAAUCUUAAAUACGUAUUUUGACACUGAUGUUUUAAAAUACCAUAUAUGUACAUACAUACGUAUAUAUAUGGCCAUAGUAUUUAAUAAAUCCAUAAUUAUUUUUUUCUGA